AUGCGCCCAUCACCGACACCACUCCGUCGCGCCGCCCGGCAAAUUCUCUCCUCUUCCUUCACGACGAUCCGGGCCGCGGCACCCGCCCAUCGUUCCCUCAGCUCCAUUACCACCACCAGCACCGGCUCCGACUGCACAUGCGGGAACGGCAGGACCACCGCUAGACGCCCUCAAAUACAAUCCAACCAAAAUCCCCAACAACAACAACAACAAAGGAGCUCCUACCACUCCUACGACCACCCUUCCCCUCCCGCCUCUUUCACACCCGUCGAGGAAUCCAUUCUCAGCGCCGCUUACCUUCACGUCCCAGCGCACGGCUUCACAUCCUCCGCGCUGGUUGCCGGUGCCCGCGACGCCGGAUACCUGGACAUCAGCCCGACGAUCCUGCCUGAGGGCGCCUUCACUUUGAUCCGGUAUCACCUGGUCAAGCAGCGGGAGGGUUUGGCGGCGCGGGCUCGGGAAGUGUUUGGCGGCGAGGGACAUGUGGGGGCUUACAAGCUCGGCGGGCUGUCGGAAGGGGAGAUCAAGGGAAGAGUAGAGGCGUUGAUGUGGAAGGCUUCUAGGGAACAGGGAGGUUAUUGGACGGUGGCAGGAGCAAUCAUGGCGCAACCAUCCUACGUCCCUCCCUCGCUCAAGGAGCUCGCCCUGCUGUCGGACGAGAUCCUCUUCCUCGCCGGCGACUCCUCUGUCGACCCAUCGUGGUACACCAAGCGUGUCUCGCUCUCGACCAUUUACGCCGCCGCCGAGCUGUUCAUGACCAAUGAUCACUCCCCCGAGUUUAUGGAUACCCGCGCUUUCUUGAACCGCAGGCUCAGGGAGGUGAACGAGGUCGGUGGCGUGUUUAGGAACAUGAGGGAGUGGGUUGGGUUCACGGCUACGGCGGGCGUCAAUGUGCUCCGGAGCAAGGGUGUUAGGAUAUAG